UUUUCUCCCACUCGUGUGGUGCCGUAAAGAAAAAUCCCACCACCAUCUUUCUUUGAUGAUCAUGGCGUUUGGGGCACUAGUUCUUGAUUAGAUUAGACUAGACCACUCGUAGUCGUAGUCGUCUCGUCGUCUACAGUUUACUGCCAUUUUCAAGUGAGGGUCGUAGGGCUGAGAGAGGACACAGCCCGCCACUCGACCCGGCAAGCAUAAUUUAGUCGUGGAGGAGAGGGAAAUGGCGCACUCAGCUAGCCUCAGUACUACAUACAGUAGAGUAGUAGCACCAGUGGGCCGAGCCAAACUGCUGCUACUCUCCUCUCCUCCUGCGUUGCCAUAUAUAGAAAAACAAAGCCUCCCCCGGUUCUCCUGAGCCCAACCAUACAUACAUUCCACUCCAGUGCACGCACGCUCGCUUCGCUUCUCUUCUCUUCUCCCCUCCCUCCUCCCCCUUUGUGGAUAUAAUCAUAUCCUCUCGACGUUGUUUAAUCGCAUCGCGCCGCCGCCACAUGGACAUGGACUCGCCCCCCAUGCCGCCGUCGUCCAAGCCGACCGACCUCUCGCUCACGCUGGCGCCGGCGGCGCAGUCCGUCGCCGAGGAUGGAGGAGCGGGCGGUGAUGGCGGCGCCGGCGCGUGCAUCGACGGCAAGGACGUCCGCCUCUUCCCCUGCCUCUUCUGCAACAAGAAGUUCUUGAAGUCGCAGGCGCUCGGCGGCCACCAGAACGCGCACAAGAAGGAGCGCAGCAUCGGCUGGAACCCCUACUUCUACAUGCCGCCCGCCUCCUCCGCGCACCUCCACGCCAAUGCCGCGCCGCCCGCCGCCGGGCACAACUCCUCGGGGACCUACGGCGGCUCCGGCGCUGCCGGCGGCGUCGGCUCCACCGUGCCUCCUGCUCCUGGGGUGGCCACGGGCCUCCCGGCGCACGCGUACGGCAGCCGCGCCUACGCGGCCCUGCCGACCACGUUCCCUAUCGCCUCCCACAGCUCCAUCAUGGUCGGCUCCGACCGGCUCCAGUACUACGCGCCGCCGCAGGGCGCGUCCGUGUCCUCGGCGGCGGCCGCCGCGGCGGGCGAGCUGUACAGCAGCAGCGGCCUGCAGACGACGUCCCGCUUCGCCGCGCACCAGCAGCAGCUCCUGGGCGGCGCGGCCGUCAGCAGCAGCGAGCGCGCGAUGAUGGCCGCGGCCGAGCAGCCGGGCGCCGGGCGCGACGAGCUGAUCGACAUGCUCAACUGGAGGCGGGGCUGCCACGGGCCGACCGCGUCGGCGUGCGCCACCACGCCCUCGCCCGCCAGCACCACCACCACGCUCACCUCCGGCAACACCAACAACGGCGAGGAUGCCGAGGAGGAGCUGGACCUCAACCUGAGCCUGUAGCAGCAGUGAUGAGCUCGCCGGCCGACGCUGCCUCCAGUCCAAGUGCAAGGCAAGGUCAAUCCGUCCGAGGCCACGUACAUCUACUCCACAACUCCUAUUCGCCCGGCUGUUCAUCACGUCCACGACGACCGACGUACGUACGUACCGCACCGCACGCCCGGUCGCCAAGAUUAGCUGUUUUUAAUUAGAGAGAAGAAGAAGAAGAAGAUGAUGAUGAUGUUAAUUAAUUAAUUAGUUCCUCGAUCGACCCUCCUUCAGUGAGUCUACUCAUGUAUGUUAAUGCUGCUAGCAGCGGUGAGCUGUGCUCCUUGUAAUCGUGCUCCUUCCCCCUCUUGAAUUUCACCCCUUGUUCGUAGUGUGCUCGUCAUCUUUUUUAGCUAACUUUUUUCGAGAUCGAAAGAAAGACGGGGGUUCCACUUCCACGGCGCGGGUCGUCGACAUGGCUGCCGUGGUUAAUGAAUGUUUGGCAUCUGUGGCGCAGCCGCAUCUGCCUAUCAAUCUAUCUUGGAUUUGAUGCUCU